CUUUUCGGCUGUGGGCGGAGGGUUGAGAGGGAGCGGCGCCUUCUGAGCAUGCGUGUGAAGGAUCGGGCUGGCUCCAGUCUCCCUCCUGCCGCGGCUGGAGAGUUUUCCCGGAGAGGAACUACCUUUCCCGGCGUGCACGGCCGGGCGCCUGGAAGAGGCGUGGCGGCUGCACCUCCGCUCCUUUUGCCGGCUGGGAAAUGAGGCCGGGCAGCGUCGGAACGAUGGCAGAGUUGAGAGUCUUUCCGUUGGCCUGUGUGGUACAGAACUACGCCUGGGGCAAGUUGGCCCGGGACAGCGAAGUGGCCAGGCUCCUGGCCAGCAGUGAACCUAUAAUGCGGAUAGAGUUAGACAAGCCGUAUGCCGAACUCUGGAUGGGUACACACCCCAAAGGCAAUGCCAUCAUUUUGGACAACCGCAUCACCCAGAAGACUUUAGGGCAGUGGAUCGCAGACAACCCCAGUUGCUUGGGCUCCAAAGUCAAGGAUAUGUUUCACGGGCAACUGCCUUUCUUGUUCAAGGUGCUCUCAGUCAACUCUGCGUUGUCCAUCCAGGCCCAUCCUACCAAGGAGCUGGCGGUUAAGCUUCAUGCCCAGAAUCCAGAGCACUACCCCGACGCCAACCACAAGCCAGAGAUGACCAUUGCCCUGACUACUUUCGACGGUCUGUGCGGCUUCCGGCCCGUUGAGGAGAUUGUGACUUUCCUUCAGACCGUUCCUGAAUUCCGAGCCUUGAUCGGGAACGUGGCAGCUGAGCAACUAGAACGCAGCGUGGGCGAUGACCCGCGGGGAGUGUCGGCCGCGCUGCGCGUCUGCUUCACCAGGAUGAUGAAGAGUGAGAAGAAAGUCUGUGUGGAGCAGCUCAACCUGCUGGUGAAACGGAUCAGCCAAGAAGCCGCUUUAGGAAAAGACACUUCAGCAAGCUGCGGGCACCUUUUGCUGCAGCUUCACUCACAGUUCCCCGGAGACAUCGGCUGCUUUGCCAUCUAUUUCCUAAACCAGGUCAGGCUAGAACCAGGAGAAUGCAUGUUCCUCGGAGCCAACGAGCCGCACGCCUAUCUCUACGGAGACUGCAUCGAAUGCAUGGCUUGCUCUGACAACACCGUGCGGGCCGGCCUCACGCCCAAGUUCAUUGACGUUCACACGCUCUGUGAAAUGCUGAACUACACCCCAGCCCCGAGCAACUCCAAGCUUCUGAUUCCCACCACCAGCCGCAUGGACCCGUGCGUCACCAUCUACGACCCCCCUGUCCCAGACUUCAGCGUCAUGAAGAUAGAGAUUCCUUCCACGGUUAAGCUGUACCUUGUUUCGGCCAUCGACUCGGCCAGCAUCCUGUUGGUGAUCAGCGGAACGGCUGUGGGCACCUCGACUGCCGCCAGCUCCGACAUGGCCCUCCGCCCGGGCGCCGUGCUCUUCAUCUCUGCUAAUGAGAGCAUCUCCUUGCGCCUGUCCGUGUCUGAAGGGAUGCUGCUUUUCCGAGCCUGUUGCCUCUUAUAACACGGGAUGUUUAACACUC